AACACACUAUAUUCUACCUUUUGUAAUGGCAAGUUGCUUCACAUUCUCUGGAGCAAUAGAAAAGAAAUACAACUCCGGUUUCAAAAAAUCCGGGUUACAGUCCGUACCCAUCGACGUGAAUGACGGAACUAAGGUCCAUUUCUGGGUAUCCAAGACCCGAGUGGAAUCCAAACCCAACCUCCUCCUCAUCCACGGGCUUGGACCUUCAGCCAUCUGGCAAUGGUACAGAGUCGCUCGACGUCUCUCUCCUCACUUCAACCUCUUCAUCCCGGACCUAGUGUUCUUCGGCGGAUCCUACACGACCCGACCCGAAAGAACUGAAGUUUUUCAGGCUGAGACUCUUAUGCGGGCCUUACAGAAACAAUCCGUGAAACGUUUCAGCCUCGUCGGUCUUAGCUACGGCGGCUUUGUGGGUUACAGAAUGGCUGCGAUGUUCGGAGACGCUGUGGAGCGGGUGGUGAUUUGUUGCGCCGCCGUGUGUAUGGAGGAGAAUGAUAUGGGAGAAGCAAGCGUUUUUAAAGUGUCGGAUAUCGAUGAAGCUUCGAAGAUUCUUGUCCCGGACUCAGUGGAAAAGCUCCGGGAACUUAUGGGUUACAUCUUCUACAAACCGUUCCUUGCGCUUGCGAAACUGGUUCCUACGUACGUGCUGCAUGAUUUCAUCGAACAUGUUUUGACCAGAGAAAAUAUGGAAGAAAAGAGAGAAAUGAUCAAAAACAUACCAAAAGACAGAAUCAUCUCAGAGAUUCCAAAGCUCACACAGGAAACAUUGAUAAUAUGGGGGGAGCAUGAUAACGUUUUUCCAGUGGAGAUGGGGAAGAGGCUUCAGCAUCAUUUAGGGAAGAAUGGAAAAUUUGUUGUCAUCAAAAGAACUGGCCAUGUCUUUAAUUUUGAGAGACCUGGAAAAUAUGCAAAACUUCUCAAAAAGUUUCUUCUGAAGACUUAACACUAAGGGGGAAAAAAACCUUGUAUUGUAUCACAUAAAUAGUAAAGUGAUACUGGUUUGAAUUGUUUAUUUAUAAAUGAUACAAAAUGUGUGUUUCAACAUCAGUUAUAAUAAAUGAUGUUUUUGUUAAUUUAUUAGCAUCAU